UAGGCCCCGCCCACUUCAUCGUCCUCAUUAGGAACGAUAUCAGCAGCAAUAUGAAAAUAUGCGUAUUAAGUGGACACUUCACACGGACAGACGAUAAGAAGACUUUACAGGAGAUACCGACUCGAGGAGAUUGUUUGAGAUUCGAGGAGAUUCUGAAGUUGUGCAGAGCAAAAAGUUAAAUAAAAGAUUGAAAUGCCACCACGAAUCAGCCCUCUUAAGGAUGCCAUGCAUCAUGUUGUCACGAAGUCUGACAAAACUAAAUUAGAGGUGAACUACAUCAAUGCGGUGAAAGGUAAGGUGGUGUCUGGUAUGACUGAUUUAUCACUUAAUAAUUACGAAAUAUGGAACCAUAACCUUGUGAGUAUGGAAUAGAAAAUCUAUGUUAAUUAGGAACCAGGUUGCAGAAUAUUUUAAAUAAGCUACUAUUAAUGUGUUCUGUGUGCACAAUUAUCACCCUUUAUCUCUGCAAGAUUUAUUAAUUAAUUUUUUUGGUGAAAAUGUUUUUGCUGUAUCUGCAGGACGUGGAUUAUUUGCAAAAGGUUCCUUUUGCAAAGGAGAUUUUAUUGUGGAGUACAGGGGUGAGUUGAUCAAUUAUGCAGAGCUGGAGAGGAGAAGAAAACUCUACCACCCAUCCUGUGCUGUUUUUAUGUUCGAGUUUAAGUGGAGAGGGAAAACAUGGUGCAUUGAUGCAUCUAGGGAAGAUGGAUCGUUUGGGCGGUUAGUUAACGAUGACCACCAACAUCCAAAUUGUAAGAUGAAGAAAAUCGAUGUGAAUGGAAAGGCACACCUGUGUUUAUUUGCGCUGAAAGACAUUAAAGAAGGAGAAGAAAUCACAUAUGAUUAUGGGGGAGACGACUGCCCAUGGAGAACCCAAGUAAGUUGCAGAAAUAACUAAUUUUUGGUUUUUGAAGAAAUUAGAAUUUGAAUCUAUUAGAAAUAUGAAAAUAAUUUGUAACCAUUAUGACUUGAGGGUCGGUGUUUUUUUAUUUUAUUUUUUUAAGUACAUUGAAUAAUAGGGUCUUAUGUUCUUAGACCAAUUUAGGGGUUAAAUGUGGGGGUUGUAUGCCUGGCCUAAUGGGUAAAAUGUCACCCCCCCCAUGUUUCCAUGUUGUGAAAUCUUCUCAUUAUUGGUGUUGUCUCUUGCAGGAGAGCAGCAUUGCUGCUAAUAGCAGAGCAGCAGGUGACUCUGAUGCUUCUCUCCAGUCACAGACUCCAAUGGAUGAUGCUUCUCUCCAGUCACAGACUCCAGUUGAUGAUGCUUCUCUCCAGUCACAGACUCCAGUGGAUGAUGCUUUUGGUCAAACCAGGUCUCCUCAACAGAUUGCAACCCAGAACCACAGUGAAAAUGAGAUUUUUGUGCCAAAACUGAGACGGACUAAAAGUGUCAUAAUGAAAGAUACAAAUCUUGAAGAUUCUGAUGAGCUCUUUGAUUCUACACCAGAGAGUUCCGAUGAUUAUGUUCCAGAUACCACUUCUGAAAGUGACAGUGAUGUUAGCCUUACACUAAACCAGGCAAAACGUCGGCUUCUUGAUGAACUGGAUAUUGAUCAGUCUGGCUCAGUGAGUUGCCCUGAUUGUGACACCACAACGUCAGACAAAAUGCACAAUGUUGCGUCUGAAGCAUCUGGAACAGGAGAAGAACCCAGUUCAAGUCAGAACACAACAGACGGAAUAGUUGUUAGUGCAUACCAAAAAAGAGAUGGUGCUAGAGUGUACAACAAGAGACAUUACUGCUUGUACUGCAGUAAACCCUAUGCUAAGAUGGCAAGGCAUCUAGAAAGUUCACAUGAAAAUAAGUCUGAUGUGGCUAGAGCUCUAAGCUUUCCAAAGGGUUCAAAGGAGAGGAAAAACCAGCUUGAUUAUAUUCGCAACAGAGGAAACUAUGCUCACAAUGCAGCUGUUAUGGAGUCAGGAAAGGGGGAACUAGUGCCAUUUAAACGACCACGUAAAGAAGUGCAGGGAGAAGAUUUCAUGCAUUGUGCAUACUGUCAAGGACUUUUUACAAGAAAGGUCCUGUGGAGACACAUGCGUACUUGUAGACUUCAACCACAAUCAGACCCUCCCAAACCAGGAAAAAACCGUGUUCAGUCCAUGUGUACCUACACAGGGCCUGUGCCUUCAAACAUGACCAAACAACUGUGGGGAGUAAUCAGUGCCAUGAAUCCUGACCCAAUCACAGAUAUAAUAAAAAAUGACAGAGUAAUUACUGAUAUUGGGCAGCACUUGUUGAACAAAGGUGGGCUAUCAGAUAAGAAUAAACAAUGUGUGCGGGAGAAGAUGCGAGAACUGGGAAGAUUGAUUCACAAUGCCAGGAAAGUCACCUCCUUAAAAACACUGGAAGAUUGUGUAAAUCCAAAGAAGUACAUGGAGACCGUCAAAGCUGUUAAGUAUACAUGUGGGUAUGACAGUGAAACCGACAAAUUCUUGAUUCCAUCUCUUGCUAACAAGCUUGGGAAUUCCCUGGUUAAAGUAUGCAAACUCUUGAAAGCUCAGGGCUUAAUCUCCAAUGACAAACAGCUUGUGAAGAAUGCCAGUGAGUUUCAAGAAGUCCAUGCGAAUAAGUGGAACGAGAUGAUUUCUGCUACAGCAUUGAGGAAUAUCAGGGAAGCAAAGUGGAAUGUGCCCACGCUCAUGCCCUUUACUGAAGACGUACAAAAACUGCAUACUUUUCUCAGUCAAGUGCAAGAUGAGUGGUUCAACCUGCUCUCUGAAAGUCCAUCUACUAAAGCCUGGAUGGAGCUGGCCAAGGUGUGUCUAGCUCAGAUGAUUCUCUUUAAUCGGCGGAGAGAAGGAGAGGUGGCAAGCAUGCCUUUGUCUGUGUUUUUAUCAAGAGACACUUCUGAUCCACAUGAGGAUGUGGACUGGGCUCUCUCCGAAGUGGAGAAGAAACUCUGCAGACACUUCACAAGGGUUAUCACCAGGGGAAAGCGUGGUCGGCCAGUUCCAGUCCUUCUGACUCCAAAAAUGCUGUGUUCCUUAGAACUCCUUGUUAAGCAGAGAGAGGCGUGUGGGGUUUUAAAAGACAAUGCCUAUAUGUUUGCUAGACCAGAAGCCAUGACACAUUUCCGAGGGUCAGACUGCCUCCGUGGCUUUGCAAAGGCUUGUGGUGCAAAGUGUCCCAAGGCACUGACAUCUACCAGGCUGCGUAAGCAUGCCGCGACCCUUUCAACAGUGCUGAACAUGACCGACACCGAGAUGGACCAGCUGGCAAACUUUCUCGGGCACGACAUCAGAAUCCAUCGUGAGUUCUAUCGACUCCCUGAGAAGACCCUGCAACUAGCCAAGAUCAGCAAAGUUUUAAUGGCUCUUGAGCAAGGAAGAUUAGCUGAGUUCCAUGGCAAGAACUUGGAUGAAAUUGGGAUAGAUCCUGAUGAAAAAGUAGUUGACUGUGAUGAGGAAGAACAAGUUAAUGACUGUGAUGAGGAAGACAGGAGCAUACAAGAGGGACACUGUUCAUCUACUGUUGACGCUUCAGCCGAGGUGGCACUUCCUGCUACCGAGAGGAAUAUGUCACACAAGAGAGGCAAACCAUCAUCAGAAGUGCCGAUGUCUUCAGGAGCCAGUGCUAUGAGACCACCUUGCAAAGGUAAAAGUAGCCAGAAGAAAGCUCCCUGGCAGCAGGCAGAGGUGCAGGCGGUGGAAAGGCACCUGAAGUCAUUCAUCAUAUCUGGCACUGUACCAGCAAAGAGUGACUGUGAGAAAUGUUUGAAAGCUGAACCACAAGCUCUGAGGAACCGCGAUUGGAAGACAGUAAAAUUUUAUGUUUAUAAUCGCAUUACAGCUUUCAAAAAGAAAUUGCAGUGCAGAUAAUACUGUAAAGAUGCAACUAUCUGCCAUGGUAAGUUUUGUUAAAGUUAAAGCCACAGCAGCACUUAAAGAAAUAGAAUAACUUAAACCGUUAAACCAUUGCAAGGCCACACGCUGAAAGCAUUGGUCUAACAAAAGUUGAAAUCCAUGUUUGUGAAAGGAAGCAUGGUGAGAGUUUAUAUAUAUUUUUUUUUUUUACAUUUAGUAUAACAGGACUUUUGAGGUUUUGUUUUGAGGUUUGACUUAGAGUUAUGUGAAAUUUAACUAAAUAAAAGUUGAAUUCAGUCAUUUUAAUCUGAAUUAUUGUCUUGAAGUUCAAGUAGUAGUAGGUUUAUUGUAUUGAUAAGUAUCCAGUGAGUAGUAGCUGAUGUGGGGUGGUUGGCUGGGGCUAAACACUACUUUAAAAUAAUUUAAAGAAAGAAUAGUUCGAAGUGGAAAGGUUUAAAUGUUUGACUUGUGGGUAUGAUAUGAGUUGGAACAUAUACAGGCAAUCAUUCACUAUGCUAAAUCCUUUGUAUUCACAUGUGCAAAAUGCAACUUAGAGUCGUCCUAACUGAAGAUAACUUGCACUGAAGGAUUUGUAAAACAUGUCAGUGCCAUUGUUUUGUCUCAAAAUGCAAACCAGUAAUGUUUUUUUCUAAGGCAUUUUAAUAGAAGCUGUUUCUAUACCCAGAGGUGGGUAGUAACGAGUUACAUUUACUUCGUUACAUUUACUUGAGUAAUUUUUGGGGGUAACUAAUACUUUUCGGAGUAUAUUUAAAGACUUUAUACUCUUGCUUGAGUACAUUUUUUUUGGGAAAAAUCUGUGCUUUUACUUCGUUACUGUGGGUUACGCUCCUCUCGUUACUUUAUCUUAAUGCAAUAAAUGUUGUAAAUGCUUCAGUUUAUUCCAAACGCGCCGUCUACUUUUCUCUGGAUGGAGAUCCUUAUUAGAUGAACACCGCGUGUGCUGUCUACUGUUUAACAGGUAAUAACUUGGGCUACAUUCGAUUACAGUAGCCUACACGAUACCACUGUGACAUUAGUCUGUUGUACGUGUAUGGCUUAUAACAGAGGGGAGUCAAGUUGAAUGCAGCUUCCAAAAGACAAAAAAUAGCUGAUUAAGAUUUUAUUAAUUGUAAUACAAUCACACCGGCGCGAGUACGUUCAGCAAGUCAUAUCAUCAGCUGCUAAAUUCAGAUCUGUGAUCGCUUGCUGGCGCUGAGCCAGAGACAGACGCGUUUUUACAGCGCUGCACAUUAACCAAUCACACACGAUUCUGUUGAGCUUUUGAAUGCAAUGGCCAAUCAGAGGUGUUCCGAUGAGUCAUCGCUGAAAUGUCGGUGCUUCCUUCACACGCUCACUGAUUGUAGACCGCUUUCUGGAGAAUUCUCUCGUCAGAAACAACAAAGUGCAGAUGUGUGUACGAAUCUAUAAUUAAGAUAUUGAUUUCACAGUGUUAACAGUUUCAGUGAUUUUAAUGGUAGUUUCUGAGAGUGAUUGAAAUCUAGACUGUCAGUGAAAAUGAUCUUUAAUAAAGUAAAUGUUAUUUGCUCUCUUUCUGAACAAUGAAAGAUUAGUAGCAAUAUUUAUAUCACAUUAACUUUUAAUGUAAAAUUCACAUUUAAUAUAAAGUCAGGCGUAUUAAAAAUAUGUUAUGCCAUGACACAUAUAUCUGUUACUUAAGUAAACAGACAGGGUUUUAUAAUAAAUUACAUAAAUUGGAGUAAAGGCUGAUGAAAUAUAAACAUUUAUACACAGACACACAUACAUUACAUACAUUUUAUCUAUCUUAAUAAAAAUAGGCUCAGUAUAUAUGACCCAAAGUAACUAGUAACUAACCACUUGAGUAGAUUUUUUUUAUCCGAUACUCUUACUCAAGUAACUACUCAAGACUAGUACUUUGACUUUUACUUGAGUACAGUUUUUGGGUACUCUACCCACCUCUGUCUAUACCCUAAUUUAAGUAAGGCCUAUUCCUGGUAAUCUGUCUGUGAAACUGGGCUUUUGUGCGAGAAUGAAGCUUUGCAUCACUAGAACCGUUUGCAGGACUCACUACAGUAUAGAUCCACAUAAAAUAAAGUGAAAUUUCAAAAUUUUAACUUUUGUACUACUAAUAAACAUUUAAAUUUUACUUUGUGGAUUAAACCCAUUUUAAGAGCAAAAUAUCAAAUGCAGUAAAAUGCCUUUUAUUUGUCAUUUGUAAUAUUUGUUGUUGCAAGGUACCCUCAAAUCAUGGGAAUGUGUGUAUUAGUGUGUGCGCAAGGUCCCCUCAAAUCAUGGGAAUGUGUGUAUUAGUGUGUGCGCAAGGUCCCCUCAAAUCAUGGGAAUGUGUGUAUUAGUGUGUGCGCAAGGUCCCCUCAAAUCAUGGGAAUGUGUGUAUUAGUGUGUGCGCAAGGUCCCCUCAAAUCAUGGGAAUGUGUGUAUUAGUGUGUGCGCAAGGUCCCCUCAAAUCAUGGGAAUGUGUGUGUAUUAUGCAAAUGAUAUGCAUAAAAUAUGCUAAUUUGGUCCCUGUAAGUCAUGUUCACCCGAUAUUUCAGAAGUCCCCAUUAAGCAUGGUCAAGACAUUACUUCAUUAAUUCAGUUGUCUGAAGUCGUGUAUAGGCUAAGAGAGCUAUGGUUAGUGUCCCUAAUUUUUUUCAAACCUCAAAACCCUUUAGAAAGGGUGGUCCCCACAUGUGAUGAUUAAAAAGCUGGUCCCCAUCAAACAUGGAAACCAGU